AUGUCUCCAUUGCUCUAUAACUUUUACAUUGAUGAGCUCAAUAUUAACCUAAACCAAUCUAAUUAUGGCUACAUUAUCUCUGAUGUUAAAAUCAACAAUCUCAGUUAUGCUGAUGAUAUGGUGAUAAUGGCUCCAUCUCUCUCUGGAUUGCAGGGGCUUAUUGAUAUUUGUGAGAAAUAUGCAAUUGAACAUGAUAUCACUUAUAAUGCUAAGAAAUCUGUAUGCAUGCUAUUAUGUCCUAAACAGCGCAAGCUUACAGGUGGUAAACCUGAAGUAUUUUUAUGCAAUAGCGAACUUGAAUUUGUUAAGGACUUUAAAUAUCUUGGACACAUUAUAAACAAUGAGCUUAAAGAUGUACAGAUAUUAUGCGAGUAUCGAUGCUUAAGU